AAGAUUGCUGCAGGAGAGUGGGUGCCUUACACCAAGGUAGUGGAACAAGAUAAUGGAAAAAUCAAGAUAGAGGGACCAAUGGAUCUGGUUCUCGACAUUUUUGCAAAAAUUAUUAAUUUUGAGUACGAGUUGGUACUAGCCCCUGAGAAUCUUUGGGGAGGUCCUCUGCGUAAUGGCUCCUGGACUGGUAUGCUGGGUAUGCUCCAGCGAAACGAGGUGGAACUGGCCAUCGCUCCGUUCUUCGUCACACCUGAAAGGGAGAGCGUGUGCGACUUCACGACGCCCGUAUACAGUGAUAGCCAAGCUAUUCUUAUGGUGCGGCCGGCUAUCCAAAACGAUAUCUUCGCCUUCGUUAAACCCUUCACGCCCUCCGUGUGGAUGCUGCUGCUGCUGAGUAUUUUGUCGGUUAUAAUCGCUCGAGGAAGCAUGGAUAGGUGUGAGGAGUGGAUCUUCAAGCUGAACACCAGCAGCAGAUGGUCCAAGGGAGCGAUGUGGGCAGUGCAGGCACUCUCACAGGAAAGCUCUGAUUGGCUGCCCAAGAAUGACGCAGGUCGUCUCGUUGUGACCACUUGGCUCCUGGCAGCCUUCGUGUUUAUGACCUCUUACAGCGGAAUUCUGACGGCCAUGCUGACGGUUCCACGGGUCACCAUCCCCAUUGACUCCCUACCUGAGUUAGUGGCUCAGACUAAACUGCCCUGGCGAUUAGAGGCGGGCUCAAUGAUGUAUGCCUUCUUCGAGGAGGCGGAGGACGAACUAGGUAAGAAGGUCUUCUCUGACAAGGCUGGAACCUUCCAAGACUGCUGGGCAGCUCGGCAAGACGUCGCGGAAGGCCACUUCGCAGCUAUCUGCGACAGUACCACUAUGAUGAAAGCCAUGUCCUGGGACUUUAGCACAACUGGGAAGUGCCAUCUCUACAUCUCCCGGGAGAAGGUCUAUUCUAACGGAAUUCUUGGAAUCGCCUUCAAGACAAAGUCCAAGUACCUUCCCAAGGCUAAUAAGAUUCUUGCUCGACUAAAGGAGUCUGGACUCAUGAACAAGUGGCUGGGGGAGCAGAUUACAAACACCAGCCUCUGCCUCAGGCCUCCAUCAGCAGAUAUUAAGGAGGGACUCUCGCCUCUAAGCUUCCAAACAUUUUCUGGCUCGUUCCUUUUCCUAGCGUCAGGAUUGGCUGUGAGUUCCCUUUGCUUUCUUGCUGAGCACCUGAUGAAGUGUUGCACAGGAGAGUAG